GCGGCCGGAGCGGGGAGCGGAGCCCGCACCGCGGCCCCGCAGAGCCGCAAACCCGGGAGCCGAGCGGCGAGAGAGCGCCGGGGAGAGGAGCGGGGAAAAAAAAACCCAAAACCGCCCAAAACCCCGGGCGAUUCUCUGGCUGGAGCUCGGCUCCGCAUCCCGGGGCUCCGCAUCCCGCAGCUCCAUCCACGGCUCGACAUCCCGGUGCUCCGCAUCCCGGGGCUCCAUCCCCGGCGCUGCGGGCUCAGCAUGGGCGGAGGAGCCCCGCGCCUGCACCGGCGGCUGCUGCUGCUGCUGCUGGGGCUGUGCAGCUGGACGGCCGCGCUGCGAGGAAAUGAGAACAGUGAGGCCCUGCCCGAGUCCAUCCCCUCGGCCCCGGGGACCCUGCCCCAUUUCCUGGAGGAGCCGGACGAUUCCUACAUCAUCAAGAGCAACCCCAUCGUGCUGCGCUGCAGGGCCGUGCCCGCCAUGCAGAUCUUCUUCAAGUGCAACGGGGAGUGGGUGCACCAGAACGAGCACGUGUCCCACGAGAGCCUGGACGAGGCCACAGGGCUGAAGGUGCGGGAGGUCUCCAUCAACGUGACGAGGCAGCAGGUGGAGGAUUUCCACGGCCCCGAGGAUUACUGGUGCCAGUGCGUGGCCUGGAGCCACCUGGGCACCUCCAAGAGCAGGAAGGCGUCCGUGCGCAUCGCUUAUCUAAGGAAGAACUUCGAGCAAGACCCCCAGGGCAAGGAGGUUCCCAUCGAGGGGAUGAUUGUCCUGCACUGCCGGCCCCCCGAGGGCGUCCCCGCGGCCGAGGUGGAGUGGCUGAAGAACGAGGAGCCCAUCGAUUCCAACCUGGACGAGAACAUCGACACCAGGGCCGACCACAACCUCAUCAUCCGCCAGGCGCGCCUGUCCGACUCGGGCAACUACACCUGCAUGGCUGCCAACAUCGUGGCCAAGAGGAGGAGCCUGUCAGCCACCGUGGUGGUCUAUGUGAACGGGGGCUGGUCCUCGUGGACGGAGUGGUCCAGCUGCAACGCGCGCUGCGGCCGGGGCUGGCAGAAACGCUCGCGCACCUGCACCAACCCCGCGCCCCUCAACGGGGGAGCCUUCUGCGAGGGCAUGUCCGUGCAGAAAAUCACCUGCACCUCCCUCUGCCCCGUGGACGGCGGCUGGGAGGUGUGGAGCGAGUGGUCGGUGUGCAGCCCCGAGUGCGAGCACCUGCGCGUGCGGGAGUGCGCCGCGCCCGCCCCGCGCAACGGCGGCAAGCACUGCGAGGGCCUGAGCCAGGAGUCCGAGAACUGCACCGAGGGGCUCUGCAUCCAAGACGUGGAGCGCGGCGGGGACGUGGCGCUGUACUCGGGGCUGGCGGCGGCGGUGCUGGCGGUGGCCGUGCUGGCGCUGGGGGUGACCCUGUACCGGCGCAGUCAGAGUGAGUACGGCGUGGAUGUCAUUGAUUCCUCUGCACUCACGGGAGGCUUCCAGACUUUUAAUUUUAAAACAGUCAGACAAGGUAACUCCCUGCUGCUGAACUCGUCCCUGCAGCCCGAGCUGACGGUCAGCAGGACCUACAGCGGCCCCAUCUGCCUGCAGGACCCCCUGGACAAGGAGCUGAUGACCGAGUCCUCCCUCUUCAACCCCCUGGCCGACAUCAAGGUCAAGGUGCAGAGCUCCUUCAUGGUGUCCCUGGGUGUCACCGAGAGGGCCGAGUACCACGGCAAGGCCCACCCUGGCACCUUCCCCCACGGCAGCCCCAGGCCCUUCGGGAGCAUCCAGGCCAGGAACAAGGCCAUGUUCAUCCAGAACCUGGCCUCCAUCUCCAGCAGCAGCGAGCUCAGGAGCACGGCCCUGUUCGGGCACCUGGGGGGUCGCUUGGUGGUCCCCAACACAGGGGUCAGUCUGUUGAUUCCACACGGGGCAAUUCCAGAGGAGAGCUCCUGGGAAAUCUACCUGGCCAUCACCCAGAAGGAGUCCAGCCUGGAGCCGGAGGGCCCCGAGGUGCUGCUGGGGCCCGAGGUGAGCUGCGGGCCCCCCGAGCUGGCCGUGAGCACCCCGUGCGCCCUGAGCAUCCCGCACUGCGCCCACGCCGACCCCCAGCACUGGAGCAUCCACCUCAAAAGGAGGACCCAGCAGGGCAAGUGGGAGGAAGUGAUGUCUGUGGAAGAGGAAACUACUUCUUGCUACUGCCUGUUGGAUCCUUAUGCCUGUCACAUUCUCUUAAACAGCUUUGGAACUUAUGCCCUAAUUGGGGAACCCAUCUCAGACUGCGCCGUUCGACAGCUGAAAGUCGCCGUUUUUGGCUGCCUGUCUUGCAAUUCUCUGGAUUACAAUCUGAGGGUUUAUUGUGUGGAUAACACCCCUUGUGCAUUCCAGGAAGUGGUUUCAGAUGAAAGACUCCAAGGGGGACAAUUGCUGGAGGAACCCAAACUUCUGCAUUUUAAAGGCAACACCUGCAGCCUCCAGAUCUCAGUGCUGGAUGUGCCUCCCUUCCUGUGGAGAAUCAAACCCUUCACUGCCUGUCAGGAGGUGCCGUUCUCCCGCGUGUGGCGCGGCAGCCCCCGGCCCCUGCUCGGCGCCUUCUCCCUGGAGCGCUUCAGCCCCGCCACCACCCAGCUGUGCUGCACCGUGUGCGUCAGGCAGCUGCAGGGCCACGAGCAGCUGCUGCACGUGCAGACCUCCAUCCUCGAGGCUGAGAGAGAAAACAUCCCCUUCUUUGGCCACGAGGACAGCGCCUUCCCCGCCCAGCUGGGCCCCAAGGCCUUCAAGAUCCCGCGCUCCAUCCGCCAGCGCAUCUGCGCCACCUUCGACGCGCCCGGCGCCAAGGGCAAGGACUGGCAGAUGCUGGCCCAGAAGAACAGCAUCAGCAGGAAUCUCUCCUUCUUUGCCACCCAGAGCAGCCCCUCCGCCGUCAUCCUGGACCUGUGGGAGGCGCGGCACCAGCACGAUGGGGACCUGGACUCGCUGGCCUGCGCCCUGGAGGAGAUUGGCAGGACACACUCCAAGCCCUCCGAGGUGCCAGAGCCCGAGCUGGAGGAGCCCGAGUUCCCCUGCAGCAGGAAGGGGCUUUAGUCCCUCUGCCCCAGCAGGACACACAGCCAGCCCGGCCCUGAGCCCGGCCAGGAGGGUUGGUGGGGAUGGAACUCACCCCACUUCCAUGGCAGCGGGAGCAGCAGAAGCUAAAAACCCUCUGGUGAUGAGGAAAUCGAGCUCCUCCCUGUCCUCCUCCACUUAAAAUCCAUCUCUUGGUGCCCCAAACAAACCUGCACUCGUGUCAGUGCCGGGGCAGGAGGGAGAGAGACACAGAGCCAUAGGAGGUAAAUGUUAUUCUGUGUUUAGGAACAGUCGUGUUCAUGUACUGCCUAGUGAAAAUCAACAAAUAACGUUGGAUAUUUCGAGCCACUGGAGGCUGGUCCUGGUUAAAAGGUUUCUCGCUUUGAGAGUGGUUUAAAAUCCUAUCACGUUGUCACUUUAUGUCUGCUACAGGAAAACUGAAAAUUUGGCCUUAUCCUGUUCAGAUGUUUGAGGAAUUAGAAGAUCUCAUAAUUAUUUCACAUCGUUUGUAUUCCAAAUAAUGUGUUUUAAAAAUUCAGCCCCUUAAUGAAUGUACAUUUGCUGCAGAGCUUUGCUGCCUGCUCUGUUACCAAAAUUCCAGAACAAACCCCUUCUCUCUGAGACUGGGGGGUGGGCACACGCCAGAGGAAUUUUCUAAUUUUCUACGUCUGCAAACUUUCUUAGUCAAAAAACUGUCUUUGGGGGUGGAUUUAAAUAACCAAAUAACACACAGGAAAUUUCCAGCCCUAUUUUAGCAAGUUGAGACAUUUAUUUUUGUUACUUCAUUCUCUGUGGCUGAGCUGAAGGUGAAGGCAAUCAGAACAGCUUCAUUUUGGCUUGGUUUGGGUUCAGACUGAAAUCACAAACCCCACACAGCCCUGCCAACACUGGCCUGGAUUUUGUUGCACAAUUUGGGAAUUUCACAGGAUCCAGAGCUGGUUGUGUUACCUUGGCUUAGUUACAAAUUGCAUUUACCCCCAAAAUCAGGAUCUAACUGCAGAAUUCGCCUCGUUUUUCACCCAUUCCAUAUAAAUAUGAUUUAUGACUUCGACCAAACCAAAAAGAGCUGUCACCGUGAGCGAGGGCCUGGUGGAGCUGGUACUGAGCCAAAUGUCACCAUUAUUUUGUCCAUUCCUUUCACUCACAUCCUUCACCAUAACCGAGGUGCUCCUCAGCCCAUGGGGCUGCCAGGGCACAGUCAGGAGAGACAGGAGCAGAAACGAGGCUUUGGGAGCUUUGUGGAAAUGCAGAAAACCCAACCCAAGGAUUUGGGGGCUGUUUUAGCCUCGUGUUUGGCUGAGAGCAUCACAACAGCCCCCAGGGCAGGUCCAGUCUGGAGCUGCUCCUCCACCCAGGACUGCAGUGUGAAAAUCUGAACAACAUCAACAGCAACAGCAACUCUGUCCUUGCUCCUGCUGCUCUGAAAUCACCAAUGUCACUGCCUGCCCAGCUCAGGAACAGGCUGAGACUUGGAAAUCCUGAGACUUGGAAAUCCUGAGACCUGUGCAAAGCUUUCCUGCAGCUCAGCACCUCCUGCAGCCUGGCAGGAAAGCUCCUGGCGCAGGUUUCGGGGCAGACAGAAAUACCGGCUGCAAGCUGUCACUGCUUUCAGCAGCACAUGCUCCUCCACUUCUAUCUCCACUGACUGCCAGUCCUCCUCCAGAAACCUGUUCUUCGUUGGUCAAAAUGUCAGGCAUUAGAAAAAAAAAAAACAAAACAAGGGAUGGCACUGGGGAAGCAGCAGAGUCUGCGAGCUGCCGUUGUCGGGGAAACCAGCCCCGCUCUGCCUGCAGCAGGGAGUUUGUUCUGAGCACCCAGAGCUUUCUGCUCCUGGAGCAGGCUGGGUUUGUGUCCCUGCAAUGGCUGCAGGGGUUCCUGAGAGCCUUCUGCUCCUGGAGCAGGCUGGGUUUGUGUCCCCAGCACGGCUGCAGGGGUUCCUGAGAGCCUUCUGCUCCUGGAGCAGGCUGGGUUGUGUUCCCAGCACGGCUGCAGGGGUUCCUGAGAGCUGCUCUGCUCCACAGGAGCUGCCCCGACACCCCAAGGGGGCCCCAGAGCCGCAAAGGCUCAGCCCCUGCUCUUUCCUCAGGUUCUGUCCAGCCCUGGAGCUCUGCAGACCCUCCCAGUGCAGGACACCCCGCUCAGAGGGACCCAGCCCUGCCCCAGAAUCCCAGUUCCACCCACAGUCCCACGGAGGUCGUGUCCUGAAAGGGAAUAAAUGUCCAAACUGGACAAUUCCAGAGGGAAGCUGUUCCCCCGUGCCCGGGGCAGGGCUCAGCUGGACGCUGCCCUUUAGGUUUUUUUCCCUGGUAUUUCUUCCCUUUGUUGCUGAUUUCACUCUUUGAGAACCCUGAAUCAACAACUCUCGAGCUUUCCUUCCAAUUCCUGACUGCUUUGAUGCUCUUGUGUUCUUCAAAUGAACCAGAAAUGCCCCAAAUAUUUAUUUCCUUUCUCCCUUUCUCUUAAAAAGACCUUUUGGAAAUCUGUGCACGUAUUCAUCUGGUUUGACCCAAAACACAGAUGUGGAGGAGCACCUGGAAAAGGAUUAGAGGCCAGAAAUUAAAAAUUCAUUCCUUUCUUCUGUUGUAUAAAUUAUGAUAAUUGAAAAACAAUUUGCCCGAACUAGAAAGUAAAAGAAGGAGAAAUGUGAAUUUCCCCCCUGUAGAUUCCACGUGGCUGCCCUGGCUCCAUGCAGGGGAAAGAGCCAUUCUGAUUUUACAUCACCAAAGAAUCUGCUUUAAUAGAUUUUCAUCUUCCUGAGCACUUUGCCCAGGUAUUUCUGUGCCAUGACUCAUUGCAGACUAAUGGCUGCAUUUUAAAAAUGACUCCCAGCUCCGCCAGCACCAUAAAGCUCAUUUCCAUUUCGUACCGCCCUGCACUCCCACAGAAAUUUUAUUGGGAUAUUUGUAAUAGAUGAAGAGAUAUCAACACAAUUCUCUUAGAAUCCAGUGAACUGCUUUUGUCAUUGGUUUUAUCUCUGGCCACAGCUGCUCUCCCCCUCUCUGGCCUGGGCACCGCUGCCUUCCAGAGAAUCUUAUUCAGCAUAAAUCACCAAAAAGGGAUCUUGCAGGUCCAGGAUAUUCACAUCACACUGCAAGUCCAUUCUUCUUUUCCACCUGCAAGGCAGCGCUGUGAGAGUUUUAAAGCAUUCAAUAACUGAUCAAUUCCAAUUUUCCACAAAAGGAAGGCACAGCUCAGGUCCACGGGGAGUUAAACAAGGGAGGAACCGGGCUGGGCUUCUGGUCACGACCUGAAUCCUCAUUUUCCAGGCUGUUUCUGCCUGUAAAACACAGAUUGCAGCAAAGAGCUGUGUUAGUUCUUGGCCGGUAAUUAACUGAGUGGAAAACAGGAAAUGAGAUUUAAGUCCUUGACAACCAGGGAUGAUCUCCAGGGCUGCCUCUCUGGCCUUUCCUCGGCUGAUUCCCCCAGGGAGUUCUCUCUCACCUUGGCACAGCAGGAGAGGGUGAACACCCCUCACCCAGAGCCUGCCCGUGGUGUCCCAGGGGCUGUUCAUUCCUGGGAUGAGCUCUGGUGAAAUUCUCCCGUGGAUGCUGCUCCUGAUCCAGCAGGGGCUGGGGUGUGCACAACAGAAAUUGGGUGGAAUUGGUGAAAUUUGGGGUGCCUUGCACCCAGCCUGGCACAGCAGGAGGGGAAGGUUUGGGGUUUCCUCCCAGCACUGCCCAGCCCCUGGCUCUGGCAGAGUGGAACAUCCAGCCCCAGUCAUCUCCAUGCUGGAAUUGGGAAUAUUGACUCAUGGUUGGGAUAUCUCCUCAAGGAAUCCCUUCAAGUGUCCUUGUGGAGAUAUCUCCUCAAGGAAUCCCUUCAUGUGUCCCUUGUUCAGGCAUUGGAGGGGGAGGGAGGAAACGCCAAAGCCCAGCCCCAAAUUUUAAGGUGAAGCUGUGGAUUUUUCCAUCUUUUCCCCCCCAGCCUCCAGCCCAGCUGCCCCUGCUGAGCCCCAGGGCUCCUGAGUGCCUCUCCCAGCUGGGCAGGGCUCACACAAACCCUGGGCUCACAAUCACAGCUUUGGGAACACCAACUCCAUCCCCUCACCAGGCGCUCCUCCAGCUCGCUGUUCCGCUGUGACUCCGAUAUCCCAGCUGAUAAACGGCUACAAAAACGUGAAAUGUGUGAAGCGUGCUCCUUCUGCUGAUUUGGAGAAGAUAAAAGGUGGUGCUGGUCAGUCUGGUGAGACUCUGGGCAGUGUCAGACAAGAGAUAACAAAAUUCCCAUUGCAUUUUCAACUUGCAGAACCUCGGACCAGCUCUUGGGUGAAAACGGGAGGAGGAACUUUGACCCAGCCCAACACGAAAUAUAAAUAAUUCCUAAAAAGAGAAAAAAAACCAAACAAACCCACAAGUAUUCCUCUAGAGAGACCUGUUUUCUCUUCUGCUCCUUUAUUUUUGCAGUGAAAAGGUUGUGAAAAGGUUGUUCCUUGGCUGCUCUGCCUGAGCAUCCCUCCCUGCCCCGGGCUCGGCGUGUUUGGGGUGAAGGAGGGCAGAGCUCUGGACCCUUCUUGGGGUGAAGCUGAAGGAGUGGGGAAGGGAGACAGAACACGGGAUCAAAAGCAUGGCCUUGGCUUCAUACCACACUUUCUGUGCCUUGUUCUAUCAAUGUAAAUUCUGAAUGUUGUACAGUGAAAAUACUUGGGAGAGACUCCUUGGAAAAGGCUGCACUGGCUUCUUUUUUCAGCACAUGUACAUAUAUAAAUAUAUAUACAUAUAUAUAUAUAUUUGGUAAUGCCAACCAGCUGUGUUCUAUUGUCCUGGAGAAGUCAAAGUGGACACUUUGGGUGUUUUCUGUAGAGUUUCAGAGCUGUGUGGCCCCGGCCUUUGGGGAGAGGUGUACAGAUUGGAAUUCUGGAUAUCAGCUAUUUAUUAAUAAAGAGUCUUUUACUGACA